CUCCUUCUUUUACUUUGCUGCUGUUAGUCAGUCAGUCUCUGUGCCAGGGUGUUCUGUGAGGACAAAUAAACACACUCACACAGCGCUUGGCACCACCGCCCAAUCACCUCCGGUGGCCAUGUGGGACUCGCUCCUCUGCCUCUUCCCCUCCCUGCUCCUGUUCCUCGUGGCAGUUCUCCUGCACUGGUCACCGGUGCGCGUCCUGCUAGAACGCAGCUUGAGGUGGGCAACCUGGAUCCUGUGGAGGGCGGCCUGCUGGGUUCUAGAACUCCCGACGCCGAUGCGAGGCGAGCGGAACGACGGACUGUCGGACGCAGACAAUGCGCAGCCCCGUCUGGUGUGCAAGCCCACAGCGCUGGCCCACCACCUCCUCCUCCACUGCCACACUCUCCGGCGUCCCUUGCUGGCUGCCUGGCCUCAGGGCGACCCUCAUCUGCAAACCCUUUCCAGCCUACUGUGGCCAGUAGAGGACACUGCUGGUGGCAAGGUGCACUUCACCCGAGACCACCUUCUCCUCAGCGACGGGGGAAUCGUGGCCCUGGACUGGGCCGUGGGGCUGAAGGAGGAGCCUCUACUGGGUGCGAAAUGUGAGCAGCACCCUGGGGCAUGCAGGGGCGUGGGCUGCCGCAGUAGCCCUCCGAUCCUCCUCUUUAUCCCCAACUGCCUGGGUGUGGUGACCCCCCACCUCCAGCGCCUGUGCUCCCUGGCACUGCACCAGGGCUUCUACCCCGUUGUUUUCCACCGGCGAGGUCAGGGCAGCUGUCCGCUGACGACGCCCCGCUUCCAGGAGUUCGGGGACCCCCAGGACCUGGUGCAGGCCGUGGCCUACCUCCGCAGCAGGCACCCGAACACCACGCUCCUGGCUGUCAGCGAGGGCUCUGGUUCAGGGUUGCUGCUCUCCUACCUGGGCGAGUGCGGAUCCUCCUCCUACCUGACGGCUGCCGCCUGUAUCUCACCGGUGCUGCACGGACAGCUAUGGUUUGAAAUGCAGCUGCCGUCUCUCUACCAUUGGGGAGCGCUAUUCUACCGCAAGCUACAGAUCAGCAGGUAUGCCAAUGCUCUGAGCUCUUUGAUGGAUGUUGGACAGCUCCUGGGUUGCAGGUCUCUCAGGGGCGUGGAGGAACGGAUGUUCUGUGGCACCACCAAGUCAGCCACAGGAGAGGACCGAGGCCCAGCUGAGGCAGCUCAGGACUGGGAGGCUUACUGGGAGCGCAAUGAGCCCCUGCGGGAUGCGGACGAGGUGGCGGUGCCUGUGCUCUGCCUGAGCAGCGCCGACGACCCUCUCGUGCCCCCGGCCUCCAGCCUACCUACCUCCCUCUUCCGCAACAGCCCCUACUUCCUCCUGGCGCUCACCACCAGUGGUGGGCACUGCGGCUUCGCCCAAGCCGGCAAGAGCACAACCUCCUGGAGCCACGAGGCCGUGCUGGAGUACUUCCGGGUGGUGAGCGACUUCCUGAAGAGGGAGGAGAGGAGGAAGAGGAGCAGGGCCCAGGGGCAGGAAGUGGGGAGGCAGGCCCAGGGGUCGAGGCCCGGGAACGUCGCCGCCCGGGAGCGGCGCAGGAAGGCGGUGCUGGCGGUGCGCAGGGAGAGACAUCUGACGCAUCAGCCUGCCCAGAGCGAGCUCACAGAGGACCUCUUCAACUGGAACAGGUCUUACACACGCUGACACGGAAAAAUUGAGCUGUAGAAAUGUAUAUUGACAGAAGACAAUGGCUGUAGAAAUGUGUAGCGAUAAAGAUAAUGGCUGUAGAAAUGUGUAGCGAUAAGAGAAUGGCUGUAGAAAUGUGUAGCGAUAAAAGAGAAUGGGACAAGGAACAAACUGUGGUAGGAUGGAAAAUAUGAAAACAUUCAAUAAAGUGUGAUAGAUGAUGCUGUA